AUGGGGGACGAGCAGUGGAUCCACUCGACGCUCUACGCGCGCGACCAGCAGGUCGAGAUGUACGGCCUCAUGGACACGCUCUUCAUGGGCUUCUACGCGCUCGGGCUCUACGUCAGUGGCAUCCUCGGAGACAAGCACGACCUGCGCCGCAUGAUCGCGGGCGGCAUGUGGGCCACGGCGGCCGUGGGGCUGCUCUUCGGGCUGGGCGCGCUGGCCGACGUGCACGCGCUGAGCUUCUACGCCGUGCUCUGGGGGCUCAACGGGCUCAUCCAGUCGAGCGGCUGGCCCGCCAACGUGGCCGUCAUGGGCAAGUGGUUCGACCAGCGCGAGCGCGGCGCCGUGCUCGGCGUCUGGAGCGGCAACGCGUGUCUGGGCAACAUCGUGGGCACGGCGCUCGUGGCCGUCAUGUUCGCGCUCUUCGACAGGACCGAGGCCUGGAAGCUCGCGCUCAUCGCGGCGGCGGCGCUCGUGGCCUUCCACGGGCUGCUCGUGCAUUUCUUCUUGUACCCGGACCCGAAGGACGUGCCCUACCGCCAUGAGGCGCUGGAGGAGGCCAAGCCGGAGGGCAUUGGAUUCUUCGAGGCUUGGUGCAUCCCCGGGGUCCUGGCGUACUCGAUGUCGUACGCGUGCCUCAAGUCCGUGAACUACGCGCUGUUCUUCUGGAUCCCGUUCUACCUGACAGUGUCACUUCACAUGGAAAACUCGGAGGCUGGCUCUUUCUCGAUGUUGUACGAUGCGGGCCAAAUUUUUGGAGGUUUUGUCGGUGGGAUCGUUUCGGACACGAUGGGUGUCCGAUCACCCGUCGUCGUGACGAUGCUGCUCUUUUCUUGGUAUGAGAACAUUACCUUGUACUUCAUGGAUGGAGCUUCGUACGGGAUGACAGCGCUACUACUGGUGGGGUCAGGAUUUAUGCUGGGUGGGCCAGCUAACCUGAUCAGCACAGCCAUCUCGGCGGACCUAGGUACCCAUGAGAGCAUCAAAGGAAACGCGGAGGCUCUCUCGACGGUCACGGGCAUCAUCGAUGGAACUGGAAGCGUCGGUGCCGCGUUGGUUCAAUAUCUUGUGGGAUACUUGGCGAACUGCCAGUACGAGCCGAAAGGCUGCGACCCCAAGAGCCCUCAUUGUGUGCAAGUCUGCUCAUGGGGGCCGGUUUUCGUGCUUCUGGAGGUUGGGACCGUGCUCUCGUGCGUAUGCCUCGCGCAACUUUUGUACCACGAACUGCUGCUCAUCCGUAGCCGUCGCCGCUACUGCGCUCGAGAGAGCUAGCAGUACGUUGAGUCCCUCGGUGGUUAUCCUAUGAGCAGGCUACAGCAUAAGGUGUUCAUAACGGCAUCUAAAUCAAAAUGCAGUCUAUUGUCUUUCUACCUU